ACCUUCGCCAACAUCGACCAAGAGAGCUUCCGCUGCGAGCUCAUCCAAGGGUGGAACAUCACCGUGGACCUCGUCAUCGGUCCCAAGGGCAUCAGGCAGAUGACAACCAAAGAUGCAAAGCCCACCUGCUUGGCUGAAUUCAAGAACAUCAAAUCCAUCAAGUGCUCCAGGGUGGAGGAAGGGCGAGCGCUGCUGCAGCUGGGGCUCAGUGGGAACCCCCAGUCCCUGGCCAUCAAAACCUCUUCUCUGGCUGAGGCAGAGAACAUGGCUGACCUCAUUGAUGGCUACUGCCGGCUCCAAGGAGGCCUGGAAACCUCCCUCAUCACCUUCCCUGGAAGAGAGAGGGAGAAGAGGACCAGCCUGCCCCAAAUCCCUGCCCCGCACCUGGGGGACAGACAGUCCACGCUGUCAGAGAGCUUGAGCCUGGAGUCUGAUAUUUAUGCUGAAAUCCCUGAUGAGUCCUCAAGACCAAGGUCUGGAGUCCAGCACUUUGGCAUCUCCCGGGAAGACGUCACCUUGGGCAGGAUCCUGGGAGAAGGCUUCUUUGGAGAGGUCUACGAGGGGAUCUACACCACCCCGCAAGGGGAGAGGCUCAGUGUGGCAGUGAAGAGCUGCAAGCAGGACUGCAGCCAGGAGAACAAGGAGAAGUUCCUCAGUGAAGCAGUGCUGAUGAAGAAGUUGGAUCACCCCCACAUCGUGAAGCUCAUCGGCAUCACAGAGGAGGAGCCCACCUGGAUCAUCAUGGAGCUUUAUCCCUAUGGAGAGCUGGGACAAUACCUGGAGCAGAACAAGCCCUGCCUGCCCGUGCCCACCCUCAUCCUCUACGCCCUGCAGAUCAGCAAAGCUUUGGCCUACCUGGAGUCCCUCAACUGUGUGCACAGGGACAUUGCUGUGAGGAACAUCCUGGUGGCCUCCCCAGACUGUGUCAAGCUGGGUGACUUUGGGCUCUCCAGGUACAUCGAGGAUGAGGAGUACUACAAAGCAUCCAUCACCCGUCUGCCCAUCAAGUGGAUGUCACCCGAAUCCAUCAACUUCCGACGCUUCACCACGGCCAGUGACGUCUGGAUGUUUGCCGUGUGCAUGUGGGAGAUCCUGAGCUACGGGAAGCAGCCCUUCUUCUGGCUGGAGAACAAGGAUGUGAUUGGGGUCCUGGAGAGGGGUGACCGCCUCCCCAAGCCUGACCUCUGUCCCCCUGUCCUCUACACCCUCAUGACACGCUGCUGGGACUACGACCCCAGUGAAAGACCCAAGUUCAAGGACCUGGUUUGCAGCUUGAGUGACAUUUUCCUGAUGGAGAAGGAGCUGGCCAAGGAGCAGGAGAGGAACAACCGGCACCGACCUCCCAAAAUCCUGGAGCCACCUUCCUUCCAGGAGCCACCCCCGAAGCCCAGCAGACCCAGGUACAAACCACCACCCCAAAGCAACCUCCUGGUUCCCAAGCUGCAGUUCCAGGUACCUGAGGGUCUGUGUGCCAGCUCCCCCACCCUCACCAGCCCCAUGGAGUCCCCAUCUCUGGCCACCUCCUUGCACACCCCGCCGCUCAGCCGCCACCACGUCUUCAAACGCCACAGCAUGAGGGAGGAAGAUUUCCUGCGUCCCAGCAGUCGGGAGGAGGCACAGAAGCUCUGGGAGCUGGAGAGGCUGAAGAUGAUGCAGAUCCUGGACAAGCAGCAGAAGGAGAUGGUGGAGGAUUAUCAGUGGCUGAGGCAGGAGGAGAAAUCCUUGGACCCAACAGUGUUCAUGAACAACAACCUUCCCCCGAUGCUCCCAGAGAAGGAGACUGAUUACACGGAGUUCACGGGGCCCCCCCAGAAGCCUCCAAGACUUGGGGCACAGCCUUUCUCUGACUCUUGCUCCCCCUGGAUCCCACCGUGUCCCCAGUCCAUCCACCCGACCCCCACUGCCAACCUGGACCACAGGGAUGACCCAGUGUACAGCAACGUCAUGGAGCUGGUGAGGGCUGUGCUGGAGCUGAAGGAUGAGAUCAGCUUCCUGCCCCCCGAGGGCUACAUCCUGGUGGUGAAGAACGUGGGGCUGUCCCUGAGGAAGCUGAUUGGCAGUGUUGAUGAGAUCCUGCCCAUCCUGCCCGCCACCUCCCGCACCGAGAUUGAGGGGACCCAGAAGCUGCUGAACAAGGACCUGGCAGAGCUGAUCACCAAGAUGCGGCUGGCGCAGCAGAACGCCGUCACCUCGCUGAGCGAGGAGUGCAAGAGGCAGAUGCUGACAGCUUCCCACACCCUGGCUGUGGAUGCCAAGAACCUCCUGGAUGCCGUGGACCAAGCCAAGGUCCAGGCCAACCUGGUGAAACUCUGCGUGGAGUGAGAGGGGCAAGGGGAAGGAGAGAGAUGGAAGGAGAAGGGGGUGGGGAAGGAGAAACCAGGAGGAGGAGGAGGAGAGACCACCCCACUUCCAUCGUGGAGAUGGGAGGAAAAGGUUGUGGAGGAGCUGGCUUUUGUGUGUCACCCGUGGCCUCGCCAUCCUGCCCUCCCUGUCCCCCCUCUCCUCCUGGCUUUAGCAUCGUCUCGUCGGUCUUCUGAAGGAGGCUGUGAAGUCCUGGCUUCGGAAGAAGUCACCAGGGUGCCUCAUCCCUUGGACCUGGAUGUCCCCAAGGGUGCCUGAAGAUCCCUCUGGCUCAGCCAGCAGCUCCCUGUCUCCAUCCCUCCAUCCCUGCACAGGACAGAUGGACAGUGGGUGGGUGGCAUGUGACAACGGGGACUUGACCCCUGGGAGCCAUGGGAGGGGGGACACUGUGACUGGGGGGAGCUGGCAUCCCAGGUGCCACCACGGUGGUGGCCACGGGGACAUUGUACACAGGAAUUUAUUUAAGGACAGGAGCCAGGUCUGGCACUGGUGGCCGGAGCGUGUCCAUCCCCCAGCCCUAUGGAGCAAGGGGAGGGCUGGGACCCUCUGGGGCUGUGGCCUUGGGGGACACAACCCAGGAGGACAGAGGACACCUCCAGAUGAGCUGUUUUGAUUCCUCCCCCCCCCCAUCCCGAGCUGCUCUGGUGUGAGUGAGGAGGUCAGAAGCACCUCGGGGUUGGGCUUCGAGUUGGAGACCUCAUGGCUUGGGCUUUUCCCCAGCAUCUCCCCACCCCCUGUUUGUCCUGGCUGAGAUAAACCAUGUGCAAAGU